GCUCAGUUGGCGCCAGAAGAGCUGCGCCAUGAUGAGCACCCGCAGCGCUCAGCACCAGAGCACCAUCGGCUUCCCCCGCCGCAGGAGCGGCCGCCGCAUCCCCCCCACCCCGGCCAAGAGCGGCUCCGCUUCCCCCGGGGCCGCGGAUCCCGACCCGGGCCCACCCCGGACCGAGGCGCUGCCUCUGAGCCCCCGCAAGCGCCUGGGUGAUGACAACCUCUGCAACGUGCCCCGCGCCCUGCCCUGCUCCCCAGCCAAGCGCAGCAAGGAGAACCAGGGCCGCCGCUUGCUCUUCGGGGACCCCCCGGCCUCCCCCGAGAAGCCCAACAGCCCCGGACCGGCCCCAUGGCGUGGGGGGCAGGAGACUCCCCGGAGCUCGAGGCCGGCCCGCGCCCGGCUCUUCCGGCAGGAAGGCACCAGUUACCAGCAGGCAAAGCGGGUGCUGCACUCGGCUGUGCCCGACCGGCUCCAUGCCAGGGAGAGGGAGAUGGGCAUCAUCCAGCAGUUCCUGCGGGAUCACAUCUGCAGGCGCCGGCCUGGCAGCCUCUACAUCUCCGGAGCCCCUGGCACAGGGAAAACAGCCUGUCUGAGCCGGGUCCUGCUCGACUGCAAGGAUGAGCUGUCUGGGAGCACAACCAUUGUCCUGAACUGCAUGUCCCUGCGCAGCCCCUCCUGCGUCUUCCCCUCCAUGGCACAGCCCCUGGGUCUGCCCUGGGCCACCGGCCGGGAGGGUCUGCGGAGCCUGGAGAAGAGCCUGACGGCCCCAGGGCCCAUGGUUUUGCUGGUGCUGGAUGAGCUGGACCAGCUGGAGAGCAAGGGGCAGGAUGUGCUCUACACCCUCUUCGAGUGGCCCCGGCUGCCCAGCUCCAGGCUUGUGCUUGUUGGGAUGGCCAAUGCCCUGGACCUGACGGACCGCAGCCUGGCCAGGCUUGGUGCCCACGGCAGCCCCCAGCUGCUGCACUUCCCACCCUACACCAGGGAGCAGCUCAGCAGCAUCCUGCAGGAGCGGCUGGGGCAGGUGGCCGGUGACCCCGUGUUGGAUGCUGCCGCGCUCCAGUUCUGCGCCCGAAAGGUCUCUGCUGUCUCUGGUGAUGCUCGCAAGGCUCUGGAUAUCUGCAGGCGCGCUGUGGAGAUGGUGGAGCUGGAGGUGCGGAGCCAAACGCUGCUCAAGCCACUGCCUGGGGGAGACUCCCCAGCACCCCCAGUCCCCAAGCGCGUGGGGCUCCUGCACAUCUCCCGUGUGAUCUCAGAGGUGUUUGGGGACCGGCUGGCACCGGGGGGCCGGGGCACCCCAGACUCCUUCCCCCUGCAGCAGAAGGUGCUGCUCUGCUCCCUGCUGCUGCUCACCCGGCACCUGCGCGUGCAGGAGGUGACGCUGGGGAAGCUCUACGACACCUACAGCCAGGUCUGCCGGCGGCAGCAGCUCCCUGCUGUGGAUCAGGCCGAGUGUCUGUCCCUUGUCACCCUCCUGGAGUCCCGCGGCAUCCUCGAGAUGAAGAAGGCCAAAGAGGCUCGGCUGGCCAAGGUCUCCCUGAAGCUGGAUCAAGCAGCAGUGGAACACACGCUGCAGGACGCGGUGCUGAUGGGCAGCAUCCUGGCCCAGGACCUGCAGUAGCCUCCCCAUGACCGCGGGUGGGAUUCUGGUGCCAGUGGGGUUUGGUUGGGUCAUGGCAGGAGCAGGGCAAUGGCUCCUGGAGGCCUCAGCCCUCAUGUGCCCAUCCUGCCCUCGGUCUGGGGUGAUUUUAGUCAUAUUAUUAAUGUUAUUAAUGUAUUGUCAUCAUUAUUUGUGGGGCACGAGGGAUGCUGGUGCUGCUCCCUGCUUUGAGCUGUGGCCAUGGCUGCUCCUGGCUCAUUCGGAGCCUUAUGGGGCUCCUGGCUAUGGGAACAUCAGUCCUUCAGAGCAGAGCUGGGUGCAGGGAUGGAGGUGGGGACAACAACAGGGGGGGCCCCCUCUAUC